GCAGGAUGCAGUUCGGGUGGAAAUGAGCCGAUGAAAUAAACGUAGGCGGGAUCCCGUCUGCAUUCGGUACCGGAUUUAUGACGAGCUCCGUCGAGCGAUAUCUGUAUUCUGAAGCAACUGGAUGGGCUGAACUGCCGGUGUGAAUGCACGCAUUGUCCUCGCGUCUUCCCCGUGCAUAGUGUUCUUUAUCGGGAGGGAUUUGAUCGACAUGUAUCCCUCACGGGGUCUUAUUUUAAAGUCCUAAAGGAAGCCAGAUUACACAUUUUAAACCCCAAGUGUUUUUCCAAUGAGUCCUUCUGUGUUUUUGGGGAGCUAAUAGGCUCGUUUUGGAUUAAAUCAACUUUAUUGAUGAUCAGUUUUGGGACUGGAAGGUCUGUUUUAAUGGGCUCGAAUCAAAUGAACCGUUUGGGCAAAAGAAUUCGGAAAAUCGGCACAUUCUGCAUUGUUGAAUGAGAUUGUCCUGGUGCAUUUAAAACGUUUAUUAUUGUAAAAAAAAAUAAAAAUUAAGUAUUGCAUUUAUCCCAGUGAGAACAUUGUUACGGGACUCUGGACCCAGAGGAGGAGAUUUAGACAUCAUCUUUGAAGAUCUCGGACAUCUUUGUGCUGAACUUGGGAAUCGUUUGGAUGCUGCGGGACAGAGGUGGCAUCACUCCAGUUACCAGGAAGCCCUUGAAAAGUCAGGAGAUGCCUUUCUGAGAUGACUGACACAGGAGCAAACUUCAUAUCUGGAAGCUGAUGCAUCAUGGAGAGGCUGGUGUUUUGUGUGUUGGUGUUUGGCGUUCUGGUGGAGGCUCAACACUGUCCCGGUCGAUGCAUCUGUCAGACUAUCUCUCCGACGCUCACCCUCUUAUGUGCCAAGACUGGACUGCUAUUCGUGCCCCCAACCAUCGACCGCAAGACCGUAGAGCUUCGCCUGACCGACAACUUCAUCACUGCUGUCCGUAGGAAAGACUUCUUAAACAUGACAAGUCUUGUGCAUCUUACGCUGUCGCGCAAUACCAUCAGCCAGAUUGCUCCACACGCGUUUUUGGGACUCAGGGCUUUGAGAGCACUACACAUGGAGGGAAACCGUCUAACUGUCAUUCAUAGCGACCAGCUAAAGGGUUUGAUCAACCUGCGACACCUUAUACUGGGCAAUAAUCAAAUUCACCUAAUCGAACUGUCCUCCUUUGACGAGUUUGUGUCCACUAUUGAGGACUUGGAUUUGUCCUACAAUAACUUGAGGAUAUUACCAUGGGAGGCCAUAGCCAAGAUGACCAACAUAAACACGUUGACGUUGGACCACAAUCUAAUUGACCACAUUGGCGUAGGGACCUUCACGCUCCUCACAAAGCUGGUACGGUUGGAUAUGACGUCAAAUCGCUUGCAGAAGUUGCCUCCUGACUCUCUUUUCCAGCACGCCCAAGUAUUGUCCGACCCAAAGAUGUCCAGCUCGUCCAAGCUGACAGUGAGUUUUGGCGGCAACCCUCUUCACUGUAACUGUGAGUUACUCUGGUUGCGUCGAUUGACAAGGGAAGACGAUCUCGAGACUUGUGCUUCUCCGGAACAUCUGAUGGACAAGUAUUUCUGGUCCAUCCAGGAGGAGGAGUUCAUCUGCGAGCCACCUCUCAUCACCAAGCACCAGGUCACCAAAUCCUACGUCAUGGAAGGUCAGGGGGUGGCCCUAAAGUGCAAGGCGAUGGGCGACCCAGAGCCCGCCAUACACUGGCGUUUUCCAGACGGCAAGUUGGUGCACAAUAAUUCUCGUACAAUCCUCUACGAAAACGGCACUCUUGACAUCCUCAUAACCACUUUGAAGGAUAGCGGCGCCUUCAACUGCGUCGCCUCCAAUGCGGCUGGAAUCGUCACCGCUGCAGUGGAGGUCAACAUGAUUCCAUUGCCCUUGUUUGUGAACAACACUGGUCACAUGAGGGAGGCGGACCCGGGGCUCUCUGACAUUACCACCUCAACCAAAUCUGGUAACAAUGACACAAAGCCCCAAACCAAGAGAGUGGUCGUAGAGGAACUGAGCGCCAACUCUGCCGUGAUCCACUGGCCUUCGGAACGCCACAUUCCUGGAAUCCGAAUGUAUCAGAUUCAGUACAACAGCACUGUAGACGACACCCUGGUGUACAGAAUGAUUCCCUCUGCAAGCAAGACGUUCAAGAUAAACGAUCUGGCCUCCGGUCGGGAGUACGAGCUAUGCGUGUUAGCGGUGUAUGAUGAUGGCAUCACGUCUCUUACGGCGACACGCGUGGUGGGGUGCGUUCAAUUCCACACGCCGGUGCAGGCCAGUCAGUGCCGCUUCAUCCACAGCCAGUUUCUCGGCGGAACCAUGAUCAUCAUCAUCGGCGGAAUCAUCGUAGCGUCCGUCCUCGUAUUCAUCAUCAUCCUUAUGAUCCGAUACAAGACGUACAGCGGGGCCGAUGCGGCGAAGGUGAAAGCUCACGAUGGCGUGCAAAUGCACUCACAGACGAACGGAAGCAGACUCGGGCGUUCCAGCUCGAAACAGCAGCAGCAGCAGUCGCAACCGAGCGAGGAAUGCCCCUGUAGCAGUGAGUCGCCCACAGGGAGGGACUGCAAGGCGCUGGUGCUUCCAAAGAUGGAGGAAAAGCAGGAGGAGUUGAAGGUGGAACUCCCGCACCUUUGCGCUGAGAAACCGCCACCCUCUAGACGGGCCAGUUUGAGCGGGCCGCCCUCCGAUGACACGCAGACGGACAGCAGCCUCACGGGCUCCACAAUGUCCCUGUGCUUGAUCGGGCCCAGCACCGGCCCGACGGAACAGCUGCGGCUCAAGGACAGGAAGGGGGCACUGUUGAACAUGGGCCUGCUACCCAGUGAGCUUGCCCGGACUCGGCACCGGUUUUCAUUCGAUGGAGACUAUGCUCUGUUCCAGAGUCACAGUUAUCCACGACGGGCUCGAACCCGGCUACACAAAUCCACCACACAGCUGAACACGGACACGUCGCCCCCUUGCAGUCGCAGGGUGACAUUCAGCAGCACAGAGUGGAUGUUAGAGAGUACGGUGUGA